UUUCUAUAUUUUUGUGUGGUCGCUUGACGAAGAUGAGCAACUAAAAGCUAGAGCCUUGAGUUCGCAUUAAAUUUUAAAGUCGUUUUUCGCAAAAUUACGGUAUCGAAGAUCCGAAGUGAAUUUUUAACCGUUUAUUACUUAAACUAAACUGAAAAAUGCCCAAGUAUCCUGACAGAUGGCUCAAAUACUCCAAUUUCGGAAAGCAAAUCGAGGGAACUCCUUUUGUAGCUUUGAAAGUGCCUCUGUCGAAGAAUUACAUCCAGCAACGGGCCGAGGAAAGCUUUUCACCGCAAGACGUUAUGCUUCAGAUACCGAAACUUGGACUGAUUAUAGAUUUGACUUUUACCACCAAAUACUACAAACCGAAUGAAUUCGAACGGGAAGACGUGAGCUAUAAAAAGAUCUUCACUAGGGGGCACUCGGUCCCCGAAAGGCGUCUCGUAAAUCAAUUCAUUAAUGUUGUCAAGGAAUUUCAAUUAUCAGAUCAAGCUCAGGAUAAAGUGAUUGGAGUACACUGUACACAUGGACUGAAUAGGACAGGAUAUUUUAUUUGUGCUUACAUGGUUUUAGUGUUAGGACAAGACCCCUCAGUGGCCAUCCAAUUGUUCAACAAAUCUCGAGGUCACGAUAUGGAAAGGCAAAACUAUUUGAAUUCUAUUAUGAGUUUCAUUCCAUUGAGCUAUCGGACGGUGGAAACGAGAAAACUGCCCGAAGACGAGCGCUGUGGAUCUUCAAACAAUGUUGAUGACGAUUGGCAAUUUGUCGAAAGGAAAAAAAGAAAACAUCCUGAGUCAUGGAGAAGUUCGCAUUCAUGGAGAAACGAUCACAGGUCGGAAAGAAAUCCAGAGUCAGGGCGAACUUCGCAUUCGUGGAGGAACGAUCGUAGUUCAGCAGCCAAUCCGGAGUCAUGGAGGAGUAAACAUUCACGGAGAAACGAUCACAAUUCGGAAACAAAUCACAACCAUGAACCAACCUCGAGUUGGAGAAAUAAAUAUAAACCUUAUGAUAGUCGUUUUUCGUAAAAUUUUAGCGAAUACACGAGACAUCGGGAUGGUUUUUUUAAUGCUGUUUAGAAAGCUUUAUAAAUUAAAUAAAUCGAAAUUAUUUGAAAUAAACCUUAA